AACUCCAUCAAGCUGGACCCUCUCCACACAGCUGACACAUGAUGACACUAAUCUUAAUGCACCCAUCCCACUAACCACCCCCAUUAAUCAAGAGAUUCCAUUACCGAUUCCUGCCCUUUACUUCUAAUCAUGAUCUCCCUAUCGUAAUUCUCUAAAACUUCCAUCUCAAGAAGACGAUGGCUUCGUUCGAGCACGACGCCAUGCUCACGGCGGCCUUCGAUCAUGACGCGAUGGCAGCCGCCUCAGGCUUCAUCCACAACAAUGGUCCGGCUGGAAACGGGCAUCAUCGCGACGACAUCGCCAACGCCGUCUUUGACCAUGACGACACUUUGGAUGGAAAGGGCUUCCACCACGACUACAUCACAUGCGUCGGCUCUAGCCACAAUGGCGCUCUGACCGGAGAGGGCCUGCAUCACGCCGACGUCGCCGAUGCGAGCUUAGACCACAAUGGCGCUCUAACCGGAGAAAAUGCUGCAGAGAAUUUGGAGGUGAACAAUCAAAGUGCAUCCUCAGAAAAUGUACCAACAGUGGGAAUGUACUUUGCAUCUGAAAAAGAGGCUCACAACUUCUAUAAUUCUUAUGCUAAAAAGAUUGGAUUCAGCAUCCGAUGGUGCCAUAGGAAACAAAGAGCAGAUGACACUAUAUCUUCAAGAUAUUUACUUUGCAGUAAUGAAGGGAAAGGGAAAAGGUGUUCCAAAAAUGCAGUUCAGAGGGAAACAACUAAUGUAGCUCCUGUUGAACAUGUACCAAUCGAUGGCACACUGGAAUUCAAUGUUUGUGCUAAUAAUAUAGCUCCAUCAUCGACCACUUUGUCAGUUGGUGAUUAUAGUGGAACAUUUAUUCCAAAUAUCCAUGGAGAAUUUACAAGUCUGCUACUUCAAGCUCACCGAGAUGCUACAACACUGUCUACUGUUAGGCGAUUAGAUUUCGAUGAAGGACAUAGUAGACGAAGGUUGAGGAGUGACUUUUCAUCAUGAUCAAGAGCUGGAGCACGAGUAGCAAAUGGCAGUAGCAUAUUUACUUGAGCAAAAAAAAAAAGACCACUUUUCUUGUGAUAUUUUCUUUUUAUUUUAUUUUCUAUCGUCCAGUCAGUGUGUA